UAAUGUAUUAUCCAUACAACAGACCCUAAUAUUAUCCUCAUUCAGUGUAUCCCCCUCAACACUAACCAUAUAGACCUUAAUACUAUCCACCAUAAUAUAUGCCACAAAGAUUUCCACAAUAAGCUCUCUAUUCCUCCUAUAAUGGAUUUCAAAUUCCUAGAGCUAAUAUACCACCUGCUCAUCCUAUGGCAAGCUAAGCAAUUCAAUCUCCAAACAAGAAUUUUCAAAGUCCUGUCAGAGGUUUUGCAUCACCUUCAAGAAACCAUCCCACACAAUCUUAAUAAUAACAGCCAUAAAAUAAACCACCACAACAAUAAUAAUUGUAAUCACCCACAAGACCUGGAUUUUUAACCUAUGAAUAAGUGAUGGAGAGAAUUCAAAAAGCCAAUUCUUAAUAAUAAUAACCAUAUUAGCCUUAAUAAUAAUAACAUUAUUAGCCUUAGCAAAGUAUUGAAUCUUUUAACUAUUUUAGAAUCUACAUCUUUACCAUAACCAUAAUAGACUUAAUAGAAACCAUAAUCUGGCUAAAAUUAACAACCCCAAUAAUAAUAAUCAAAAUAAUAGUAAUAGCCAAUACAAUAAUAAAUCUAACCAAACAAAACUCCAAAUAAAUAAGUUUCUUAAUAAAUAGAAAGUUAAUAAAAACAACCAACACCACCAAAAGAUCCAGAAUAUGAAGAUGGAGAAUUAGAAGGUAUAAUUUUGUUAUUAUUUUUCAGAAUUGGCCUUAUAAUAUGAAGAUGGUUAUAUUUACAGAGGAUAAGGAUUUCCUCCUUAAACUAGAAGUGGAUUUGGAAUUUUAACAGAUAGUGAAGGUCAAGAAGUAUAUGCUGGAUAUUGGAAGGAUAAUUUCUAUGAGGGUGAAGGGAAAUUAAGAAAUUUAUAGGUAGAAAUAUUAUCUGGUCCUUAUGAUUAUACAAAUAUGACAAAUAUUGGAAAUGGAUGGGAGUUUUAUGAAGGUAAUAUUAAUGAAUAUAAAAUUAGGUAAGUUUGAAGGAGGUAAAAUGCAUGGAUAAGGAACAUUGGUUUUAACAAAUUAAGAAAAAUAUGUUGGUCAAUUUGAUGAUGGAAUGAUACAUGGAGAAGGUGAAUUUAUAAUUAAUAAUGAUACUGUGGUCAAGGCAGUAUGGAAUUAAGGAAUUUUAGAAUAAUAUAUUGAAUGAU